AGGAGUUUCACGCUUCAAAGCACUGGCCACUGGGUGCGAUCCACAGUUAUUCAGUCACGGAGGCGUAAGGUGCUGUACUCUGAAAGAAGUUGGAGAAAUUUUCGAGAGUUGACCAUCUUGCUCUAGUUUUCGCCUAAACACGUCAACUAAUGUCACUACAGGCUAGUAAUUGGUGUGGUGGUUAGGCACCUCGGGAGCAUCUGUUCUACUCGCCGAAAGGAAUUUUACCCGCUAUAAAAUCAAUUCGUACUGACAAAAACAAAGGCGUAAGCAAGAAGUGGCGUGAUUUCUUACUACGUUAUCUCUAAGGAGUGAACUCAGAAGUGAAAGCUUUGCUGGUUCGUCACAAGUGGCAGUAGAGAAAUAGGACUGAAAUAUGCCCGGCCGCGAUUGCAGUGCGAUGGCGACCGUGUGCGGCAGUCGCGAGAGGAGCCGUCACCCCGUGUCGUGUGACACGUUCGUCGUACUGCCGCCGCUGACGGAGCACGGCGGUAUCGUCUUCGGUAAGAACUCGGACCGGCCCCGCGGCGAGGUACAGGAGCUGGUCUACUUCCCCGCCGCUGACCACCCCGCCGGCUCCAAGCUACAGUGUACGUACCUGGAGAUCGACCAGGUGGAGCACACGCAGGCGGUGGUGCUCAGCAAGCCCGCGUGGAUGUGGGGUGCCGAGAUGGGUGCGAACGAGGCGGGCGUGGUCGUCGGCAACGAGGCGGUCUUCACGCUGGUGGACGACGGCAACGAGGAGGAGCGCCUGAUCGGCAUGGAUCUCGUCAGGCUGGCCCUGGAGCGCGCGACGACGGCGGAGGAGGCGGUGGAGGUGGUGACGCGGCUGCUGGAGCGGCACGGGCAGGGCGGGCCCUGCUCGGACUCGGACCCCGGCUUCACCUACCACAACUCCUUCCUGCUGGCCGACCCUACGCAGGCCUGGGUGCUCGAGACUGCCGGCCGCCACUGGGUCGCCAAGAGGUUCACGUCCGGCUUCCGCAACAUCUCGAAUGCCCUGUCACUGUCGGACGACUACGACCGCUGCUCGGAGGGCCUGGCGGACGUUGCGACCUCACUGGGACGGUGGGAGGGCAGCGGCCGGCCGCCGUUCGCAGAAGCCUUCGGGUCGAAACCCGGCGACGAGCGCUACCAGAGAGGGAAGGAGCAGCUGGAGCGCCUCUCCGAGGGCGGCAAGUUCGGCAUAAAGAGCAUGUUCGAGGUGCUGCGCGAUGUGGACGGAGGCAUAUGUCGCCCCGUCACGUGUGCAUUUCCAACUCAAGGCAGCCAGGUUUCUGUGUUGAGUCCGCCCGGCAGCGGGAAGCCGCACUGCCACUGGUUCACCGCAACUCCAGAUCCGCGCCACUCCGUGUUCAAGCCGUUCAUCUUUACACCGGCCGUGCGGAUAUCGCGCCUGACCGUCAGUCCUACAUUUGACCCGGACCCGGCAAAGGUAGUGCCGCGCUUCCAGACACCCGUCGACCGCGAGCACACGCUGUACCGCCUGCACGCGGCUGUGGCGGCGAAGGCGGCUGGCGGCUGCGAGUGCCCGCCGGUGCUGAAGCUCCUGCGCCAGAUGGAGGACGACUGCGUCGCCGAGGUGGAGGCGUUCGUCGACGGCUUUUCGCGCGGCGAGGGUGACCUCUCGGAAGUGGAUGACCUGCUCAAGGACUGUGUGGAGACGGAAGUGAAGUUCUACAAGUAAGGUGGCAAUUUGAGAGGGGACCAGUGUCACGCCCACUGACACCCCCUGGCCUUAGCUACCAGCAUAGUCAGUUCCCACAAAAAAAUGUGCGGCGAUCCACCCUGUGCCGGUGCAGAUUAUGUACUCGGGUUACCUGCCGGUGUAAGUGCAGCGGGGGAACGGUAAAUGUCGAACGGGAGCUGCUGUCGAAGGAACUACUCCUGCCGUGUCUUUGUUAACCCAAAAAUGCCUGUUGCCCAGUGGUUACGUUUCUCUAUGCUCGUAAGGGAUCUGCCUUUGUGACGAGUACUCCGUCAUCUACUACAGCUCUGAUGACUCUGCUGAAAUGGUGCAGUGUCUUUCCUCUACAGUUAUCCACUUAGUAGUUUCUUCACGGCAGAGGACAGAAAAUGUAUGGAGUACUGUGGGAGAAACAUCUGUAACUCUUCUGCCGCCAAUAG